AUGGGCUCCGUUGCACCUCACGUCGCCGAGCUUGACGGCUCCAAGUUCAAUAUCACUCGCUCCACAAACCUGCGAGAUGUUCCCCUGCCUGGUUCGCCUGAGGAGUUGAGCCACUCCUACUGCACUGACCACAUGGUCUCCGUGCGAUGGACUGCUGCCAAUGGCUGGGAGACCCCCGAGGUGAAGCCUUACGGAAACCUCAGCAUCCCUCCCACUGCCUCCGUUCUCCACUAUGCCACCGAAUGCUUUGAGGGCAUGAAGGUGUACCGCGGCUACGAUGGCAAGAUGCGCCUGUUCCGCCCUGACUGCAAUGGCGAGCGUCUCAACACUAGUGCUCAGCGCUCCUCUCUACCUGGCUUCAAGUAUGAUGAGCUCAAGAAGCUUGUUGCCAAGCUAAUGCAGAUUGAUGGUCCUCGCUGGUUGCCCAAGGAGCAACCUGGUUCUUUCCUAUAUCUUCGCCCUACCGUCAUCGGUAACGGCCCUCACCUGGGUGUCCAGAUCCCCAAGGAGGCUCUCCUCUUCAUCAUUGCCGUCCCCUGGCCCGAUGUCAGCAAGAUGAAGAAGGAAGGCCAAACCGAGCCUUCCAAGGGAUUGAAGCUUUUCGGCUCCACCCCCGACACCAUCCGCGCCUGGCCCGGUGGUUUCGGCUGGGCCAAGCUCGGUGCUAACUACGGUCCUUCUCUACAGUCCCACGGUAAGGCCCAGGCUAUGGGCUUCGACCAGAUCCUUUGGCUGUUUGGCGAGGAUCGUCAGGUCACUGAGGCCGGUGCCAGCAACUUCUUCAUUAUCUGGCACAAUGGCGACACUGGCAAGCUGGAACUUGUCACCGCUCCUCUCGAUAGCCAGCUGAUUCUGCCUGGGGUGACUCGUCGCAGUGUCCUCGAGCUUGUCCGUGAUCGUCUAUCCAAGAACUUUGUUGGUAACCUGGCACCCCUCGAGGCUGUUGAGCGGACCAUCACCAUUGCAGAGGUCGAGAAGGCUGCCAACGAAGGUCGCAUUGUCGAGUCCUUUGUGUCUGGAACUGCCUACUUCAUCACCCCCGUUGCUAUGAUCCGCAACAACGACACCGACAUCAGCACCCUCGGCCCCAAGGGCGAACCCGCCGGCUACACUGCCCAGAUCAAAUCUUGGCUCGAGGUCAUCAUGUUUGGCAAAGAGGAGCACGAGUGGGCAUAUGUUGUCGAGGAUGAAGAGCAAUAG